AUGUCGCCCCCUGCCGUGGCGCCAGCCCUGGGAAUGGCUGGGAAGGAAUUCAAGCGGGAAUCGGCUACAGCUCGUUUACUGGGAUCAGGCUCUGCUGGUGUCGCCGAGCUGAUGGUGUUCCACCCUGUCGACACAAUUGCAAAGAGAUUGAUGAGCAAUUCAAGUAGAGUCUCCUCAGUCUCCGCCCUCAAUAAAGUCAUAUUCAAGGACUACGCGUCAGCUGGAGCGGUCACGAAAUUCACAUCCCUCUUCCCCGGGCUAGGCUACGCAGCCGGCUACAAGAUUUUGCAAAGAAUAUACAAAUAUGGCGGUCAGCCCUUUGUCCGUGAUUAUCUCACACAACACCAUUCUCAAGAUUUCGACAAGGCCUUUGGAAAAGGAACAGGCAAGGCGAUACUCAAUGCGACGGCGGGCUCCCUGAUCGGCAUCGGCGAAAUCGUUCUCCUUCCCCUCGACGUCCUCAAGAUCAAGCGACAGACGAACCCAGAGGCAUUCCGAUCCCGAGGCUUCUUCCGGAUCGUGGCAGACGAAGGCAUGGGCCUGUAUCGCGGUGCUGGUUGGACCGCUGCACGGAACGCGCCUGGCUCGUUCGCUCUCUUCGGUGGUUCUGCCUGGGCGAAGGAGAAGCUGUUCAAGCUGGAAGAUUACAAUAGAGCCACAUGGGGUCAGAACUUUGUCGCUUCAGUGGUGGGCGCAAGCGCAAGCUUGGUUGUCUCUGCUCCUCUCGAUGUCAUCAAAACCAGAAUACAAGCGGCUUCGUUUGAGACUAAUGAGUCAGGGUUCUCGAUCGUGGCCCGCAUGGCUAAGAAUGAGGGCUUGACUUCCUUUUUCAAGGGGCUUACCCCAAAGAUGCUUAUGACGGGGCCAAAGCUUGUCUUUUCAUUUUGGUUAGCGCAGGUUCUGAUUCCUGCUUUCGGAAAUAUCGUGUAA